CGCGCCAUGGGCUGCGGCGCCUGCCUCUGGCUGCUGAGCUCCUUCUGCUGCGCCUGGGGCGCGAGCCGCGGGACGAGGGAGACGGUGCUGGGGACCCUGGGGAAGGCGACGUUCCUGCGGAUCCCCCUGGAAUUACAGGAGCUGACGGUGCGCUCCGGCACGGCCGUCUGGAAGCGGGACACCGAGGACCCGCAGAGCAAGCUGGUGCUGCUCAAGUACUCGGGUGGCAACUACACCAACUACAUGCAGGAGCAGACCCGCUUCCACCAGGCCAACUUCUCCCUGGAAAUCCUCAACACCAGCAGGCAGGACAGGCAGCUCUACGAGUACAUCAUCACCGAGGGAGCGAUGGAGAGGGUCUGGCAGAUAGAGCUGGAAGUGUACGAGCCGGUGUCGGAGCCCCGUAUCCAAGUGCUCAACAGGACGCUGGCCAACGACAGCUGCACCGUGAUCCUCAACUGCACGGCGGAGCGGGGCGACCAGGUCUCCUACAGCUGGGCCGGCGCCUCGCACCUCUGCGCCCGCAACGGCAGCCUCCUGCACCUCUCCUACAGCCUGCGCAACGGCAGCCUGGCCUGCGCCUGCGCCGCCGCCAACCCCGUCAGCCGCCGAGCCGCGGCCUUCAACACCUCCGAGUGCGGCCCCGAGCAGCAGGUGCCCGGACGCCCCGGCUCGCGGUGCCCUCGCCCUCCGGCGGCCUCCCCAAGCCUCCCCGCAGGGCUUUCCUGCGAGGCAGCAGGGCUGUGGGUGCCCCCGCCGGCUGUCCUGUCCCCCCAUGCCCCGGCGCAAACGGCUCCACCGUGUCCCGCCGCACUCGGGAAAGGCUCCGCCGCUGAUCCCGUCGCCUCCUCCGUGCCCGCAGCAGGCGCCAAGCAGGAGCGCGCGGCGCUCGCCGAGGACGGCGCGGUGCACACCAUCUACUCCCAGGUGCAGCGGGCGGAGAAGCCGAGGGGCCCCCGCGGGCCGCCCGCCGCCGCCGAGCACCCCGCUUGCACCACCAUCUACGCCGCCGCCACCGGCCUGCCGCCGGACACGGCGCCGGCUCCCGCGCCGGCGCGGCAGCAGUGUCCCGCGCGCGGCCCCCACACAGAGCCACCCGCCCGGCCGGGACCCCCUCUGCGCUCGCAGGUAAGGGCCGCCGCUGGGCCUGUUCCCACCGCUUGCUUUUCCCCUUUGCAAAAUCCCUCCAGGCGUAAGUGGCUCCUGCAGGAAACCUGCAGGUUUCCGGAGCGGCUUCCCAGGCGCGUGCGCAGCCCGGGCGGACGCUCGCCCCGGGGAAGCCCCCACGGCCGCCGUUUGCUCCCGCCGCAGAGCCCCGACCAGGGGCCGACGACGGUCUACGCCAGCGUGACGCUGCCCAAGAUCUGAGCCUGGCCGCGGCCGGUGCCGGCGACCCCGCCGGAGACGACCCCGCCGGCUCCGGGGAACCGGGCUGCAGCGCCGCGCCGAGCCCCGACGGCUGCAGGCGGCGGCCCCGCGGCCAAGGAGCGGCAAAGCGCGGGGCAGAGCCGCGGCCAGAGGAGAAGCGCCGCCGGGCCGCUGCGCUGCCCCCCCCUUCCCCCGGCGCUUCGCGGCCCCCGGCUUCGCUAGAGGGAGCCCGUGGCCCGCAGCAGCCGGCGCCGGGGGGCUUCGAAGGCGGGAGGAAGCGAGAGCCGAGCGCCGGAGCCCCGCUCCGCGGCCGGCCGCCCUCCCACGG